CAACGAGUUCCAACUUCACUGAGAAUGGAGACGAAGAGGCUUUGUCCCCGGGUUCUGAUCUUUAUUGUUCCGCUCUUCGCUUUCUGUCAGCAGACCGUGGCUUUCGGCGGAGGGGAGCCCGGGAAUGAUGUCAUCCGCCUGGGCAUGGAAGAGAAUUCUGCAGCUUAUAUCUUCACCCAGAGCGAAGAGUCCGACUAUUUGGCAAUCCAGUACCUCCAGGAGGAGGCAAAGCAAAAUGAAACACUUGCCCAAGCUUGGGAGUAUGCAACGAAGAGACGGAAAAACGACAAAUGUUUAAGCAAGUCCCCAGUACCCAAGGGACUCAAAGAAGAACACGUGGUAUCCGUGAUCGCCUACACGCUGGAUACAAAGUUGUACGCGGAGUUCAACCAGGCAGUGCGGAUGUACGGUGUCAACGACUCAGUCUACGCGGAGAAAUUCCCGUUCAAGAGCUUCCAUUAUCUCCUGUCUGUUGCCAUCGAUAGAUUGAGGAAGAACAUGAACCGUGCGCCAGGGACGACCUACAGAGGGAUGAGGAGGGUGGCCAAGGGCCAGGAGGGAAAGAAAAUGAGAUUUGGAUAUUUUGCCUCUUCCUCUCUUGAUAUUGAAGUUUCUAAGAAAUUCAGCACUUCGACAGUUUUCACGAUAAAGUCAAGCUACGGCGCCAGCAUAGAAAACUACUCGAAUUUCUCGAACGAGAAGGAAGUGCUGAUUCCUCCUUAUGAAGUUUUCACUAUCACGCAAGUCGUCAAACAGAAUGACGGGGUUCACUUUUCGCUCACAACGGCGGGGCAAAAGGGGAUCCCGGUAAAUGUGGAGCGGGCGCCAUGCGGCAGGAUGCGGGUGUUGCGCAGUGACGGGGCCGCCAUUCCCGCAGUGGCGUGGGUGUGCGUUCUGGCGCUGCUGGGUCCCAUUUCGCUGUAAGGUCAGGGUAAUACAUCGGCAAUGUUCCACUUGAUCUCAUCCUCUAGCCUUGGGAAAUAGCAGAACUGAUGCAGAGCACGCAUUGAAAGCAGAGACUUGCGGAAAUAUUCAACAGGUCGGGCAGCUUCUGUGGAGGGAGAGAGACUCAUGGUGAAGCAUUGCAAGUCCUACACCCUUUGUCAGACUUCCGACGUAGUUCCAACGACGUGUCUGCGCCUUGAAUCAUUAACCCUUCGCGCAGAUACCGACCCUCCUCCCCUUUCCUCAUAAUUUCCCGCAAACGAGAAACAACAGCAGCUUAUAAAAUGAGGUCUUCGGCCCCUGGAGGACAACAUUAAUGGUGUUUGGAGAUAGGUCAUUUCUGUCUGAACAGAUUAGUUGAUACGUCAAUGGGGUCAGUGCAUUUAGAGUCCAUCUGGACUUCAGAAUGGUAUUUGACAGAGUCCUUCAUGGGAAACUGUUCCAAAAGGUUGGAACCCAUGGGAAGUUGGUGGAUUGUAUCGAAGUCGGCUCUCUAACAGUGGUCAGGCGGAUGCGUAGAGUGUCGGUUACGUAAUGGCGAGCCUGUGACUAGCGGUGUCCUGCAGGGAUCGAUGCCGGGACAGUCGAUGUUAGUGGGAGAUAUUAACGGCACGGGAGUACCAUAGAACCAUAGGACCAUGAAACAAUACAGCACAAUACAACCCUUCGGCCCACCAUGUUGCGCCGACCUUUAAACCACGCUUAAGACUAUCUAGCCCCUUCGACCCACAUAUCCACCUAUCUUAAAUUCCUCCAUAUGUUUAUCUAAUAAUCUCUUGACCUUGACCUGCACCACCGCCCCAGACAGCGUAUCCCAUGCACCAUCCACCCUCUGGGUGAAAACCUUUCCUCUGAUAACUUCCUUGAACUUCCAACCCAUUACUUUAAAGCCACGACCUCUUGUAUUGAGCAUUGGUCGCUAGGAAAGAGGCGCUGGCUGUCCACUCUAUCUAUUCCUCUUAAUAUUUUAUACACUUCUAUCAUGUCUCCCCUCAUCGUCCUUCUCUCCAAUGAGUAAAGCCCUAGCUCCCUUAGUCUCUCCUCAUAUUACAUACUCUACAAUCCAGGCAAAACCCUGGUAAAUCUCCUCUGCACCCUUUCCAACGCCUCCACAUCCUUCUUAUAAUGUGGUGACCAGAACUGGACACAGUACUCCAAGUGUGGUCUAACCAGAGUUUUGUCGAGCUGCAUCAUUACCCGCGGCUCUUAAACUCGAUCCCACGACUUAUGAAAGCUAAUAUCCCAUAAGAUUUCUUAACCACCUGUGAGGCAACUUUCAAUGACGUGACUAUAAACCCCCAGAUCCCUCUGCUCCUCCACACUCCCCAGAAUCCUGCCAUUAACCUUGUACUCUGCCUUGGAGUUUGUCCUUCCAAAUAGUACCACCUCAUACUUCUCCGGAUUGAUCUCAAUCUGUCACUUCUCAGUCCAGAACUACAUCCUAUCAAUAUCCCUCUGAAAUCUUCGACAGCCCUCCACACAAUCCACAACACCACCGACCUUUGUGUCUUCUGCAAACUUGCUAACCCACCCUUCCACCCCUCAUCCAAGUCAUUAGUAACUAUCACGGAAAGCAGAGGUACCAGUACCGAUCCUUGUGGGGCACUGCUAGUCACAGCUCUCCAAUCUGAAUGCACUCCCUCCACCACAACAUUCUGCUUUCUACAGGCAAACCUCUGAUCUUCUGAAGAACCCUACCAUGUUGGACCUUGUCAAACGCCUUACUAAAGUCCAUGUAGACCACAUCUACUGCACUACCCCCAUCAGUCUUCCUGAUCACCUCCUCAAAGAACCCUAUCAGGCUUGUAAGACAUGAUCUUCCCUUCACAAAGCCAUGCCGGCUGUCCCUAAUCAGCCCAUGAUUCUAUAAAUGCUCAUAGAUCCUAUCUCUUAGAAUCCUUUCCAUCAGCUUGCCCACCACAGACGUAAGGCUCACUGGUCUGUAAAUCACUGGACAAUCCCUACUACUUUUUUUGAAUAAGGCAACAACAUUUGCCACCCUCCAAUCCUCCGGUACCGUUCCCGUGGACAACGAGGACUCAAGGAUCUUCGACAAAGGUUCAGCAAUCUCCUCCCUCGCCUCGCGAAGCAGCCUGGGGAUGUCCCAUCAGGCGCCGGGGACAUCUGUCCUAACAUUUUCUAGUAGCUCCAAUGCAUCCUCUCUCUUGAUAUCUACAUGCUCUAGAACAUUAACCUUACCAACACUGUCCUCAGCAUCAUCAAGACCCUUCUCCUUGGUGAAUACUGAAGAGAAGUAUUCGUUGAGGGCCUCACCCACUUCCCCAGCUUCCAGGCACAUCCUCCCACAUUGGUCUCUAAUUGGUCCUACCUUAACUCUCGUCAUCAUUCUGCUCUUCAUGUACGAGAAGAAAGCCUUGGCUUGUAGACUUGUAAUUCACCAACACUCCCCUACAACACACACACACACACACACACACACACACACACACACACACACACACACACACACACACACACACACACACACACACACACACACACACAAACACACACACACCGCCCCUACCACCGCCACCACCACCGAACCGUGCUGUGGAGCGCACCCGCCAAUAUUCCGCCCGUUCACCGAUUCUGCCGGUUAGGGCUGGACCCAACAGACGAGAACGAUCCCUAUUUCCAACUUCACCGCUGACCCCAUGGAAAUGUAGGCUCCUCCAGGGCAACGUUGUACACAGAGAGGUGCAGUGAGAGAGCUACAAGGCAUGGGAAAAGCCGUUCGGCCGAUACAACCUCAACGCGAAUUUCAUUGACCAGCACUGGGCCCGUGACCAUCAGUUCCUCACGCCUGACUCAGACGCUCUUUUACAUACGUGUUAAUCAUGUGAGUCUCUGUCUCCACCACCCGUCCCUGCGUAACUCCAGAUCUCAGCCGCCCCAUAGGUGUGAGCGAACUUCGUCAAAUGUCCUCUGAAUCCUCCACCUCUUACAUUACACCCACGAGGUAGGCGAAGACACCUCUGCCGUGGGAGAAUGUGUGUGUUACUCACUCUGCACCCAUUUAUUCCAUUUAUAAUUUUGCACACUACCCUAUCAGAAAAUCCCACCCCAUCCCAGUAGAAUCCCCCCACCAAAGCAAAAAGAAAACAGCACUAGACUAACCAGGUCUACCAUCCCCUUCACCUGGAUCCACCUGUCAACCGCCAGCUCUCUCUCCACCAAUAGAGGCUUUCUCCUCUCUUGUCUUUAUGCUGGCUAUCUGCUCUUUUAUUUUUCCAGUCCUGAUGAAGAGUCCCGACCCGAAACGACGACUAUCCAUUUCCCUUCACAGAUGAUGAAUCACAGACCCGCUGAAUUCCUCCAUGGUUUUGUGUUUUGCUCCAGAUCCCAGCAUCUGCAGUCUCUUGCGUGGCUCAGCCAGUGCGCCUUCAAGUUGUACAGUUCCUUCCCUGUUCUCACAUUCUCUCUUGCGGAGAAUCAGAUAUCCCACAUGAAGAUUUCUCCCGCCUAUCUACCUAUGCUGCCACCUUCAGGAACAGGUGGGAAUUCACACCCUCUUUCUCUGCAGGUCACAAGAUCUUGCAUCUUACCUCCCUGGACACCCGCACCAAAUUGCAUCACCUCACAAGUGACAGGAUUAAACUCCAUCAACCAUUGACCUGCCCACCUUACCUACUCAUCAUUAACGUCCUCUGAAUUUUCAACAACAACACCAAUUUCCUGUCAUAGAUGAAAUCACUAAUCAUAUCACAAAAUAUUGUGGGUUUCAGGUAUAAACCAGGGACUGGUUUCAAAGUAGACAGGAAAAGGUUCCAAGCUUGUGGACUGUGAGCUACCAGGCAAAUUGAGAAGAGUCACCGAGACGGGAGGUCUUACUGUAGAAACCUGGAGACAGUGCUGAAGGGGUGACCAGUGGGGAUCUAAUUGCUUCCCCACGUUGUGGAAGGAAACACAAGACAGGGGACGUAGUGGAGGUUCAGCGGAGAGCUCACUGGGGAGAACCGAUGUGAAGAGCUUAGAGUCAUCGAGGAGAGAAGAUAUAAGUAGUAAGGUCUUGACACCGAAAUCUGUUAAUGUCCGGAGAGCGGUGCCAAAAUUUGGUGCUAAUCGGGAUUAAAUUGGAACUUUUAAAUUUCGAUUGGUUGCUUCUUUGAAGAAGACAACAAUUGUUGCAGAUUAAUUGCUGUCUUGUUUCUGUCAAUCUGCAUCUUGCUGAGAAAUUCAACUGCAGCUUGCAUUGUCUGUAAACGCGUGUUCCAUUGGAUCUCCUUGUCAGUGUCUCACGCACUUGUGCGCUUUGUUCUCGAGGUGGUCAA